AUGGCUAGCCGCGCAGAGGCCGCUUUGGUCUCCUCCAAGUCAGUAGCCAUGCAAAGCGGGACAGAGGCAGUCGUGCAAAAGGCCCGAGGCAAGCGGAAGAGAAAGGACAAUCAAGGAGGGAUUGCCGACAGCGGAAACGGAGAAGAUUCUUCGGCAGGCGGCCAGCUCGGCAAUGACGAUACCUCGGACAGCCAGAAAAGUACCAAUGCCCGGAAACGGACCGCGCCGAAGAAGACUGCCUCCGCUCUAAAUCGGACGGAGAGCGCCGCAUCUUCGGUUACAUGCAACGUUGACUGGCCAGACUCCUUCAAAGCACUAGAGAAGACACAUCGCGCUCUCAACUUAGUGUUUACUUUCUGCUGUACGCGCAAGCAUCUUGCCACGACCUUUGAGACGAUCAGAUCUGCAGUUGAAUCGCACACCAAAAAAGUAUUAACAAUCGAGGAUGUCGCAUCUAUCGCAGCUGUGCGGCCAGAAGGGCUCAACUUUGCCUACGUUGACGAGAUCAUGUUGCAAACCGAGGUCAGAGGGGCGGAGCGCGACGUGACAUUCAAGGCGGGACGGGACUUUCGCUCUCAAGCACCUGCUCCCGAUGCUUCCGUUGGCGGAAUAUCUGGCCUUGAGAAGCUAGACCAACACCCCGACGAGCGCGUCGAAGGGGGAAAAGAAGUGCUGUACUUCGAAUUUGUGGAUGGUGACCUGAAGCGACAAGUCAAGGACAAGAAGACGGGCGAAAUCACCAAGCCAAACAGGAAAUUGAGGGAAGAGACCCUGAAAAUACCCGUUUACAGCCAGAAGCAGAUGACGAAUCUCAUCGAGAGAAGGAAUCAGAAGUUCAUUGACGCAAUGAACGUAUUCAUCAACCAAUGUAUCUCGGACAAUCUCGACCCCGAGCAGGCUCUGUCCAAGGCAGCAGAGGCCUUUAUACCAGUGCCGACCGCCCCAGAGGAUCCGCCCGAAAAGAGUUUGGGAGCGUUGCCCGAAUCGAUACCUACGGAACGGAAGAGCAUUCCUGAAAUCGUACAGGAGCUGAAAGACAGCCCGUGGUAUACAGGACAGAUUGUACCUGAUGGUCACCGCGUGUUUGAGCCUCAGGAGGCCGUCUAUGGAGAUCUCAACUUUCUCCUCAGUCAGGAUUUGGUCAAUGCCUUGUACAAUGCUAAAGGGAUCACACAAUUCUUCGCCCACCAAGCGGAAGCGAUUAACGGUCUGUUGGAGGGCCAGCACGUAGUUGUUGCCACUUCCACGAGCUCAGGAAAGUCUCUCAUCUACCAGCUUCCGGUUAUACACGCUCUAGAAAAGGACUACCACACACGGGCAAUGUACAUCUUUCCAACGAAAGCGUUAGCCCAGGAUCAAAAGAGGAGCCUGAGGGAGAUGCUGAGCUAUAUGCCAGGGAUGGAAGAUGUGCUUGUGGAAACUUUUGAUGGAGAUACGCCCAUGAAAGAACGAAAUGCGAUCCGAGACGAAGCAAGGAUCAUCUUCACCAACCCAGACAUGCUGCACAUAACGAUUUUGCCGCAGGAAGAGAGAUGGAGAACGUUCUUGAAGAACCUGAAAUACGUCGUCGUCGAUGAGUUGCACUACUAUAACGGACAGAUGGGAUCUCAUGUGUCUUUCAUCAUGAGAAGGCUGCGACGAAUUUGUGCCGCGGUGGGAAACCGCCACGUCAAGUUCAUUUCAUGUUCGGCGACCGUCGCCAACCCCAAGCAGCACUUCAAAACAAUAUUCGGUAUUGAGAAUGUGAGGCUGGUCGACUUCGACGGUCGAAAGGAGUUUUUGUGCUGGAACACUCCAUACCGAGACCCAGGCGAUCCAGCUAGUGGACGAGGCGAUGCCAUGUUCGAAUGUGCGCGCCUCUUUUGUCAGCUGAUGCUGAGAGGCGUACGAAUCAUCGCCUUCACCAGGGUAAGAGAGCAGUGCGAGAAGCUAGUAACCGCUGUGCAGCAAGAAUUAGAAUCUAUUGGGCGGCCGGAGUGUGUCAAUAGGGUCAUGGGCUACAGGGGAGGCUAUACGGCCCAGGAUAGACGCAGGAUCGAGUCGGAGAUGUUUGAGGGAAAGCUGCUUGGAAUCGUUGCCACUACAGCUCUGGAGCUCGGUAUCGACAUUGGCACACUAGACUGCGUGUUGACAUGGGGCUUCCCGUACACAAUCGCCAACCUACGACAGCAGAGUGGACGAGCCGGACGAAGAAACAAAGACUCGCUCUCCGUCCUAGUGGGAGACUGCUUCCCCACUGACCAGCAUUACAUGCAGAAUCCCGACGAACUCUUUACCAAGCCCAAUUGCGAGCUGCAGGUUGACCUUGAAAACAUGCUGGUACGAGAGGGCCACAUCCAAUGUGCUGCUUACGAGAUGCCUGUAAGGCCUGCGGAGGAUGCCGAAUACUUUGGUCAAGAUCUUCCCCAAAUCUGCGAAGAACGUUUGCUCAGGGACGCCAUGGGCUUUUAUCAUUGCCACGAUCGAUUCCGGCCCAUUCCGUCGAGGUUUGUUGCCAUCCGCGACACGGAAGACGAUCAUUUCGCAAUCAUCGACAUUACUCAUGGCAAGAACGAAGUCUUGGAGGAACUGGAGGCUUCAAGGGCCACGUUCACGAUCUACGACGGCGCCAUCUUCCUGCAUCAGGGAAGCAAGUACCUCGUCCGGGAUUUUCAGCCAGACAAGAUGAUGGCACGAGUGGAACGGGUCAAGGUUGAGUGGACCACGACGCAACGAGACUUCACCGACACAGACCCCAUCGAGACAGAAGCGAUCCGGCGAAUAUCCGGAUCUUUGUCGAAGGCUUUCUACGGCACGAUCAAGAUCCAGCAGAAUGUAUACGGAUUCUUCAAGGUCGACAAGAAGAAACGUGUUCUGGACGCUGUUCAUGUGGACAACCCUCCUGUCAUUCGAUAUGGGAAGGGGAUGUGGCUGGACAUACCGAAAAAGGCGCUGCAGAUCCUGGCCGACAGACGACUACACAUUGCCGCGUCCAUUCACGCGGCAGAGCAUGCCAUUUUGAGUCUCAUGCCCAACUUUGUGAUUAGUCUGCCCGGCGACGUGCGGACCGAGUGCAAGGUGGCGCUCAAGGAGUUCGCCAAGAAGGAGUCGCAGAGGAAGCGGCCAGGUCGACUGACGUUUUACGACGCAAAGGGCGGUGCCAGCGGCUCGGGGAUCAGCACCAAGGCUUUCGAACACAUUGACCACCUUCUGCAGCAAGCACUUAAGCGAGUCGAGGAAUGUUACUGCGAGAGUGGCUGUAUUGAGUGCGUGGCCUCGGAGCUGUGCAAGGAGAACGAUGUCAUGAGCAAGGCGGGCAGCCAGGUCAUUCUGAAAGCCAUCUUGAACAUGGAGAUUGAUGUAGAGGCUCUGCCAAUGGGCCCCGAGGAGCAGUGUCCGGCGGGGUUAGAGACAGUGAUUGUAGCCCAGCCUGUGCCACCCAAAGACCGGAAUAACCUGAGGCUUAUUGACAUCAAGGAGGAAGAGUUCGAGGACCAGGACACGGUGCUUUUGGAGGACGCAGAGGUGUGGACAGGCGACGAGUGA